AUGACAUCGAAUAAAAGACGAUGCUCAUCAGGAAGUUCUUCGACAACACGCUCGUCACCAGCAGCUAAUUCAUUAAAACAAGUUUCAACAUUUUCUCGUUCAAAAACAUGUGCAUUUACGGUCACACCACCGUUAAAAUCCAAAACUGACCGUCUUCAGCCACUUACAACUUGUCAAACACCACCGUUGAUCACUGAGACACUUCCUGAAGAUGUUAAUAAACUCCAUCCGGCUAUGGUCAAUGAAAUUUCUCUGCAUUCGCAAGGUCUCUGUACAAUUCCGAAUCUUUCGCAAUUUACUAAAUUACAAAUUUUGGAUCUAUCCUGCAAUAGUCUCACGUGUAUCGAUAAUUUACGAUCUCUAACAAAUCUACGUGAAUUGAAGCUAUAUGGCAAUCAAAUCCAACAAAUCGAAAAUCUCGAUUGUUUAACACAAUUACAAAUUCUUCAACUACAAUACAACGAAAUCGAGAAAAUCGGCCACGGAUUAGUUUAUCUCACUCGUCUACAAACCCUUCGUCUUGAUUCAAAUAAAUUAUCUUUGAUUCGUCCAGAAGAACUCUCCAAACUCUCCCAAUUGAAAGUUCUCGACACAUCCGAUUGUCCACUCGAAUCUCUUGAAUUCAUCAACUCUCUCCCAUCGAUCACUGAAUUUCGCGCUAAUCAUUGCCACGUGAAAAUCCUUCCAAACCAACUGCGUAAUUUUCGUUAUUUAACCGAUCUUGAUUUGUCGAACAAUCAGCUGAUUAAUCUAAUCCCAUUGAAAAGUUUUACACUAUUACGUCUCCUUCGUUUAGCAAGUAACCAAAUUGAAGAUAUUCAAAUCCUAUCAUCAUUGAUUCAUCUAAACGAACUUGAUUUGUCCGACAAUCGAAUUCGUUCAUUGCCGAAUUCAUUUGCUAAACUUAUCGAAUUACAAUGUCUGAAUCUAUCGAACAAUCAGAUUGAUUCGUGGAAAAAUAUUGAGGUUCUUUCACGGCUCAAUUCGCUUUUUAUUUUGAAUAUUAUUGGCAAUCCUCUUUUAUCGGAAGAACAGAAUUAUAUCGAUAAAUUAUCGAAAUUAUGUUCGUCGUUAGAAAUUAUUGAUGACGUGAAUAUUCAAACCGGUGCUAUUCAAAUUCCUCCCACUCCCUCAUAUGAACAAUUGAUCAACAUUGACAAAGAACUUCACGAAGUAGAUCACACGUUAGAAAAAUCAAUUACCGACAUUGAACAAAAAUUCGAUACUAUUCUCAGUGAUUUGCAUAAGUUAGGCGAAUGGUAUAAUGACAGAAAGGAUUCGACAACUAGUCGACGCACACCCGAUAGAAAAUCAAAACACCGUCUGUUCCAAGCGUUAACAUUCAGCGAGGAAAAUUAUCAGCAUUCGAACGUAUAA